UACAGCAGUACUUCUCACUUCAUCAAACACACUGUCCGGACAGAAGAGAGGGGGAAGUGUGGUAAGAUGCUUGCCCUGCUCAGUGUCCUCCUGCUUUCAUCACAUGUCCUUCCUCUCGUCCAAUCAUUGUCGUGCGAUGAAAAAACAGAGUACUCAAAUGACAAGAUAUGCUGCAAUAAAUGUAAACCAGGAGAGUUUGUGUUAAAGAACUGCGAACAAGAAAAGUCUGAUACUAAGUGUGCCCCAUGCACAAGUGGCUUCUUCACGCAUUACUAUAACAGCAAUUACAACUGGUGCCAUCAUUGCACGACGUGCACCAAAGACCAUAUGAAGUAUGAGAAGAACUGUACGGCGACAAGUGACGCAGUGUGUACAUGUGUUGAGGGCUACAGAUGCAGAGACAGUAAUUGCAAUGAGUGUGAGAAAAUUCAGACAGCUACUGUUUCUUCUCCUGCUUCUACUAAAACAAUACCGCCCACCCAUGAUAUAAUGUGGAUCUCGGUGAGUCUGUGUUGCGUGUGUGUGUGUGUGUGCGUUCUGCUCACCUGUUUCCUUCUCGUCAGCAGACAUGCACGACAAUGUGGAUGGAUCAUGCCAAAAUCACCCGCUCUCUGGCGCACCGACAAGAGCAACUUUGGAUCCAGUCAGUGCACAGAGGAAGAGGAGGUACCAAUGCCAGUGCAGGAGAUGUGUGGAAAGACUGAAAAACUGGAGGAUGUCUGAGAAAAGAGCGGGAAGAAGACCGCUGAUGCGUCUCUGGAUUGAGUAUUUACUCUGAUACAAACCUGCUGCUGCCAUUUAUGCAAGCGAAAAUCUGCACUCAGUUGGCCCAUCUGAAGGUUUUGUGAGAAUGACUGUCCUUCCUGAGAAAUACUGAGAUAGAGAGAGAUUUGUGUUGCCACUGCACAUAAGGACACACUCGACAUACAACAUAGAGCUAAUCUUUUUCAACAAAUGAAGGUUUUAUUCUCUGCAUGCUUGUUUGUAUUUAUAAUUGGGUAGUUUUUGCACAACAUGCCCAUGGACUUUUUUAAGUAUAUAUGAAUAUAUAAGGUAAAGUGCAAGUUUAAGUUUUUCACUUAUUUUGAAGUUAUGAAGUUAUGUUUAUGAAGUUUUUCAUUUAUUUUAAUAUGUCUCAAAAUAAUAUGUGACCCUGAACCACAAAACCAGUCAUAAGGGUCAAUUUUUCGAAAUUGAGAUUAAUAGAUCAUGUGAAAGCUGAAUAAAUAAGCAUUCCAUUGAUGUAUGGUUUGUUAGGAUCGGACAAUAUGUGGCCGUGAUACAACUAUUUGAAAAUCUGGAAUCUGAGGGUGCAAAACAAAUCUAAAUACUGAGAAAAUCGCUUUUAAAGUUGUCCAAAUGAAGUUCUUAGCAAUGCAUAUUACUAAUCAAAAAUUAAGUUUUGAUAUAUUUGCGGUAAGAAAUUUACAAAAUAUCUUCAUAGAACAUGACCUUUACAUAAUAUCCUAAUGAUUUUUGGCAAAAAAGAAAAAUGUAUCAUUUUGACCCAUACAAUGUAUUUUUGGCUAUAGCUACAAAUAUACCCCAGCGACUUAAGACUGGUUUUGUGGUCCAGGGUCACAUAUGAAUUUAUAGAAGAUGCAUCUAUAAAUUAGUAAUAAAAUGAACAAAAUAUUGUUUAAAAUAUUUUAAAAAGUUUUUGAUGGGAAUAUAGCAUGUCAUUUCCUAUAAGUAUUUCAUGUCAGCUACCCAGUUGUAUAAAAUAGAAAAUUAAAUUGUAUUUGUAUUUACUAUCUUGCAGUGAAAUUAAUGAAGUACUCUGAGAAAACAUACCAAAAAAUAAAACUUUAUUGAUUGCA